AUGGGGGUAGGAUAUCUGAUUUCUGAUGAUGAUUGUAUUUCUGUAUCUGUAUCUGUAUCUCUCCUUAUUGACUGCAAGAGUAACAAAGUCCUUUUUGCUGAAGCAGGGAAAGAUUUUGUUGAUUUUCUAUUUAACCUCCUUUGUUUGCCUCUUGGCACUGUUACUAAGCUUCUCAAAACAAACUCCAUGGUGGGUUCUAUGGUGGGUUCUCAUGGAAGCCUGUACGAGAGUAUCGAAAAGCUCAGUGAAACCUACAUGCAACCCAACCAAAACAAAGAUUCAUUGCUCAACCCUAGGGCUCCAACUCCAGCUUCUGGUGUCCCACUCUUGCUUGGUUAUGAUGCGGGUAGGAAAGUGUACAUGUGUCCUAACAGUUAUCAUCGCGAUGUGGCUGAUGAUUCGGGCAUGGCUUGUCCUCAGUGUAAGAAACGGAUGGAGACUGAGGUGACGGUUGUAGGUCCAAAUGUCGGGAAAGGAGAAACAACUGAUGGAGGAGGAUUUGUGAAAGGGGUAGUGACAUAUAUGGUGAUGAACGAUUUGGCUGUUAAACCAAUGUCUACAGUCUCCAGCAUUUAAUUUACUAUGCUCAACAAGUUCAAUGUUAAGGAUGUUGGAGCACUUCAAGAGAAGGUUGUUGAUUUGGGAAUGAAUGAGGCGUUGAGGUUGCUUAAGGAUUCCUUGGAGUCCAAGACAGUAUUGACAAGUGUCUUUUUGGGCAACAAAAAAUUCUGAAGUCAUCUUCUGCAAGAAACCGAAGGAGUUUUCUCAGUAAGUACAGGUUUUCUUUGAAAAACAAGGUGUCUUUAACAUUUGGGACAGACUUUUGGUGAUCCUGUUAUGGUAGCUUAGGUUUACUUUUAAUGUAAUCGUUUUGAAAUAUAUGGAGGAAAGAUAUAAAAUUCAAAGAAAA